GCUGGCGGCGCGGGCUUCCAGCUCCGCUGGCGGCCGGACCAUGGACGCGCUGCCGGCCGACGUGUGCGCUUUCCUGCGCGAGCACCCGAGUCUGCGGCUGGAGCCCGGCGCGCACAAGGUGAAAUGCGUCCUCACUGGCCACGAGCUGCCCUGCCGUCUGCCCGAGCUCCAGCUCUACACCCGCGGCAAGAAAUACCGGCGGCUGGUCCGCGCCUCCCCGGCCUUCGACUACGCGGAGUUCGAGCCGCAUAUCGUGCCCAGCACCAAGAACCCACACCAGCUGUUCUGCAGACUCACCCUGCGGCACAUCAACAAGUCCCCAGGGCACGUGCUGAGGCACACCCAGGGCCGGCGGUACCAGAGAGCUCUGCAUGAAUAUGAGAAGUGUCAGAAGCAGGGUGUGCGGUACGUGCCGGCCUGCCUCCUGCACAAGAGGAGGAAGAGAGAGGACCAGAUGGAUGGCGCCUGGCCGCCUCACCCGAGAGAGACCUUCUGGGAACCCGUGUCUAGCGAGGACGAUGGCGCAGCCGCGAGUGACAGUGACGACAGUAUGACAGACCUGUACCCACCUGAGCUGUUCACCAGAAAGGACCUGGGAGGGACUGAGCCUGGGGACAGCACCGAUGACUUUUUGACAGAAGAGGAGGGCGAGAAGCCAAGGCGUGCCGCAGAGAAGGGCCCCGGGACCGGAGAGGAGACUGAAGUGGCCCGGGCGCUGGUCCGCAAGCGCGGGAAGAAGCAGGUGAGCUCAUCGAAGAAGAAGUUCAAAAGUCAUCAUCGUAAAGCUAAGAGCUUCAGCUCUUUUAAACAGUCCAGUUAAUAAACGGCUGUGGAGAGAGCACG